AUGUGUCGAUCUGCGUGUUUGUUUCGACAAAAAACCUCCGGCAAGAUCGAACUGUACAUCAAGGGAUUCGUGGAUGCCAUGGGCGAUAUCCAUCAGUCUGUAGCUGUACUAGAUGCACUCUCGUCGUACAACGAUGACAACGACAGCGCGUCGUUAGCUUCUUACGACUCGGAAGAAUUCGGACUCAUAGCUGGGAAGGGCUUUGCAAGGAUGGCUGAACAUGUUAACGUAGUGGAAGUGGCUCGCCAGAAGGCAGCAAUACCGUCUGCAAUGCGACGUACGAGCUCGCUCUGGAACCGAUUCCUGCUGGAUGACGAGCUGAUUAAGAUGGGCGGACUCAUUAGCAAGCGCAAGGGGCUUUUCUCCAAGGUGACGAAGAUUCCAAGGAAGAGGCUGCACAAACAAGCUGGACUUUACUCUAUGCAAGUGGACAGCACUAUUUUUACGGCUCUAUCGAGAUGCCAGAGGAUAGUCAAGUUCGAGAAGAAGAUCAAAGUCAAUCCGAAAACUUCUUUGAGAGUAUUUCGCGUCGACAUGAAGGCGACUCAUCCCACUACGAACAAUGCUCUCGCAGACGCUGGCGUUCGGCUUGUCGUCAUGAAACUCGUGAUGCGCGGAGUACUGCUCGACAUCAUUUACUCUCGAGACUCGUACUUCGCUACGUUGCGGGACAACACGGAGGAAAUUGCGCUUGAAGAUACUCUCGUUCCGGACGCUGCCAAUGCGGGGCCUUGCUACUUAGUGCGUCGCUACAGUGACGAGGAUCUCAAGCGUUGUGGUGUCCACUUCCCCAAGGAAGACGAGUCUGGGGAUAUCGUGGACGAUGCAGUUGUGUUCCAGUUCAACCAGUUCGGGUAUCACGGGAGUGCUCAACUUCCCACUAGGAUGCUGGAUGACUCUGGAGAUCUCGUUAGUCGUGGGUUCCCGAUGUUACGUGCACAAGCAAGUGAAGUCGCAUUUGCUGGCGUCUUUAUGAGGGAAGCCCCCAUUGCUAGUGGAGGGAACGAACUUAUUACGACGCAUUUGGCUCGCUGGAUCGAGAUCAAAGACGGCUCGGGAGGCGUUCUUCGAGCUCGAGCUGGCUCGUGGCUCGCUCUGUCCGGGCGAAGAUCAAGCGCUCAACUUGAUGGUCUGGAAGGGAUUUGUGCAUGA